AUGGGGCAAACCCCAGUCAUCACCUGUCGGUGCUACCAUAGCGACCCUGCCGCUUCAGCAGUGAACUCUGUCCCCGGCGUUCUGGCGCCGCCUCAAGGCGCUCCCCAGCCGUAUCUAGACUUCAUGGAACGCCUGUGGAACAGCAAGUGGUUCGGCACGGUGGAUGAGAGCGCGGCCGCGGCUGCGAGGGCACACAUCGCCUCCGCUGACCCUUCUCUGUUUACGCAGCUGUUUAUCUCAUGUCAGCAGGCGCUAGGCAUGGAGGCGGGCACGCUCCUUUUUCUCGCUGGCGCCCUCACACGCCUGUGCACCCUCUUCUUCUCGCUCUACGGAGAGCGAGCGGGGGAGCGGAUGCGGCUGGCUCUGCCGGAGCUGACGAAACCUCAAGAGGACUUCAAUCGCGUCUACUUCAAUGACUUGGCCUCCGCCAUGGAAGUGCAGAUCGCGGCGAGCGUGCUCAAGAGCCACCGUCGCGCGGUGUUUGGCAAAUAUCACACCUCGAACCUCAAGUGCAUUGCAUCUGUUGGCAUGGCGCCAGUAAUCAUGACGGGGCUCUAUCAAGUCUCCACGCUGUGCGAGAAUACCUCCCUCGACGUGGGAACCUCCUCGUACCUGUGGUGCACUGCCCUGACGCUACCUGACCCGUUUCUCGUGCUUCCCAUUCUCACGUGUGUCAUCACGCUGCUCAACUUCGAGCUCUCCUUAUCGAAAGAGAUCAAGACAGGCUGGAUGCGAAACGUGAUUUGGGGCGCGCGGCUGGGGUGCCUGUGCGUCAUUCCCGUUCUGUCGUCAUUCCGCUCUGGGGUGUGUCUCUACCUAGUUGGCAUGAAUGCGAUGGGCCUGCUGCAACCGCUGCUCUUGCGCUCUGCCGUCAUUCGGCGCUGGUUCGGCUUCCCCUCGGCAGAGCAGAUAGCCGCCGCAACGCCUCGCCGAAGCGCAACGGUGCCUGGGACUGCGGUCAGCGGUCGCGCGGCAACACUACGAGAGCGUAUUGUGGCGGCUGUGGCGCUGACAGAGAAUCCGGCGGCUGCCGGCGUGACCGUGAACGCCAGUGAUGCAGCGGCGGAUGUAUUGAGGGCGAGUAUGACCGCUCAGUUUCCCUAUCUCAGCCAUCUACUGAACCCGCAAGUCGACGAGUAUCAAGACCUUUUUGCCAAGGCCCCUACUAAGCAGUCAAAGCCAGACUUCUGUGGUCGUGCCCACGGUGCAUCGUCUUCUAACCGCUUGCAGGGGCAGCAGUGCACAGCUUUUGCGUACUCCGGCGCUGCUCCUGCCCAUGGCAGCCGCUAUGCACGAGGUGCAAACUCGCUCAUGCAAGAAACGCCCCUGCAUCGUCAGGCACCGUCAUCUAGCCACGUAUCGCCACACGAAAACGGCGGAGCUGGAGACAAUAGCGGUGCUGCUGCGUCUGCUGGGGAGACGUCUGGUGCCGCAUCAACCGCUGCUGCGAAACGCCCACCGAAGCCGAAAGGGUCGGCGUUCGCGUCGAGUGGGUGGAAGAGUACACAGCUGUCAUUCUCGGAGUCGGACUUUAUCCCGACCUACUCAAACGGAACUCCCUCACACCCUUCGUCGCCAUCGUCGCGGCCGCACAAGUGA